CCCUUUUUUUUUUUCCCUUUUUUUUUUUUCUUCAAAAUUGUCUUGGAUUUCCUUCUCCCAAGUUUCCAGCAGUAGUGAAUUACAUGAAGUUAAACUGUUGAUUCUCCGUAGCCGGGACAAUAAUAAUUGAAGAGCUAUCACUUUUUUGAAAUUUGGAGACCGAUCAUUAAGCUUGGUUGCUCCAAUGGUGCCUUCUCGGGUGGCCGGGGGAAUGCCACAGUCAUCUUCAAGUUCAGGUAUAUUUUUUCAACCUGAUGGGCAGUCGGAAGCUGCUGGAAAUGCUCGGAUGGCUACAAAUUACGGCAACUCUUUGCAUUCGGUACAUGGAAGUAUGCGCGCCAAUAUGGGACAAAUUUCAGGGGAUGUUAACAACAUGGUCUUAAAUGGCGUCGCCAGUUCUGGGCCUAGCAUCGGGACUAGUUCUUUGGUAACUGAUGCUAACUCGGGCCUUUCAGGAGGUCCCCAUAUGCAGAGAAGCGCGAGUUUUAAUACAGAUUCGUAUGCACGCUUGCCUGCUUCUCCGAUGUCAUUCACAUCCAAUAAUAUCAGCAUUUCUGGUUCUAGCGCAAUCGACGGAUCCUCUAUGUUGCAGCAAGGCUCGAAUCAAGAACAAGGCAUAGGAGCGUCGAGCGUGACAUCAUCGCGGAUUGGGCAAGUCCCGAUUCCAGGCGGCGCUAGAGUCCCUAAUUCUCUCAUUCAGGACCCGACUUCGUUAUCUCAUUUACAGAAGAAGCCGCGAUUGGAUAUCAAGCAGGAAGAUAUUUUACAGCAGCAGGUUUUGCAGCAGCUAUUGCAGCGGCAAGAUCCUUCGCAUUUGCAGAAUUUGAAUCCUCAGUUGCAGUCGAUUAUCCAGCAGCAGAGAUUACGGCAUCAACAGCAACGUGAACAGCAGCUUCUUCAGUCGAUGCCGCCUGUGCAACGAAUGCAGUUAUUGCAGCAGCAACAGCAACAGCAACAAUUAAGACAGCAGCUUCUGCAGCAGGGAAUGCAGCCUUCUUCUGGGAUAAAACGCCCGUUCGACGGCGGUGUCUGCUCGAGACGACUUAUGCAGUACAUGUAUCAUCAGCGGCAGCGACCUACUGAGAAUACUAUUGCCUACUGGAGAAAAUUUGUGGUUGAGUAUUACUCCCCACGAGCGAAAAAGCGUUGGUGUCUAUCCUUAUAUGACAGCGUUGGGCAUCACUCUCUCGGGGUAUUUCCGCAAGCUUCAAUGGUAAUUGUGUUGGAUGCAUGGCAGUGCGACAUAUGUAAUUCAAAAUCAGGGAAGGGAUUUGAGGCAACUUUUGAAGUGCUCCCGAGGCUCAAUGAAAUCAAAUUUGGCAGUGGUGUUGUUGAUGAGCUGCUGUUUCUGGACUUGCCUCGUGAAUCUCGGUUCCCUUCAGGAAUGAUGAUGCUAGAGUACGGAAAAGCUAUUCAAGAAAGUGUGUUUGAGCAACUCCGUGUGGUUCGUGAGGGGCAGCUUCGUAUCAUUUUUACUGCUGACUUAAAGAUAUUGUCAUGGGAGUUCUGUGCGCGCCGUCAUGAAGAACUUCUUCCUCGUCGAUUAAUUGCACCACAGGUGAACCAUUUACUACAGGUUGCGCAAAAAUGCCAGAGCACAAUAUCCGAAAGUGGAUCCGAGGGAGUUUCACAAUCCGAUUUACAGGCAAGCAGUGUAAUGGUGGUAACAGCCGGGCGACAGCUUGCGAGAAGCUUGGAGUUGCAGUCGUUAAAUGAUUUGGGCUUUUCAAAACGAUACGUUCGAUGCCUACAGAUCGCGGAGGUCGUCAACAGCAUGAAAGAUCUGAUGGAUUUUUGCAAAGAACAGAAAGUUGGCCCUGUUGAGGGCUUGAAAAACUUCCCCGGACGCGCCUCGGCGCCGAAGAUUCAGAUGCAAAAGACGCAGGAAACGGAACCCCCGCAAAAUGAUCGAAACGCACUCAACAAACUAAUGACGAACAACGGAAACAUGGCGAGUCGAGGCGUUCUGACCGGCUCGGCCCAGGCCGCGCUUGCGCUGAGCAACAACCAAAACAUUCUGAUGCGACAAAGCUCGUCGACAACGACGACCUCGACCCACAAUAGCUCACAUGCCCAAGAGGCGUCGGCAUCGGCGCCGUCUGGUAUUUCUCCGGCGGGCGGGUUUUCCGGAAGCCAGGCGAUGCAGCAGCGGCAGAAUUCGACAAACGAGAGCGGCGUGAUGCAACAACAGCAGCAGAUGAUGAUCCAGCAAAUGUUGCAGGAGAUGAACAGCAAAAACAACGGCUCGGAAAUCCCUCAUGGGGCGCAAAAUAAAGAUGGUCUCCCGGCAGCUGGAAGCAGAGUGGUGGCAGCAGGUGGUGGUGGGGGAGGAGAGCUUCCGAGCAAUAACAAUAGAGGUGGUGCAGGUGGUGGUAAUGGGGAAUCUCCGGUGGUAAGCCAUAGCGGUUUCGGGCAUAAAGUGUCGGAUUUGGCGCAGGAUAUUCAGUUGCCGGAUGAGUUCGUCUCGGAUGUCGCCCAGGAGUUCGUUGCCAACGGUUUUUUCAGCAGCGAGUUAGACGACAACAUGAGCUUCAGCUGGAAGGCUUGAAUGGGUGUUUUCCGGCGGCGGUGGAGGUUUCCGGUGAGUGUUUGGAAGUGAAUCUCUGAUAGAGUUGGGGUUUUGUUUUGUAUAGGCUGUUGAAUUUUCAGUUAUUACCCAAGAAGAAGAAACUAUUGUAUUGUGUGUUUAUUUAAUUUAGACUUGUGUUUUGUUUUAGGAUUUUCGACUGAUACAUUAUUACUAUUAUUAUUAUUGUGUUUGUUUUUGUCAUUGUCAUGCUCAUGUCUGUCUUGCAACUGUAACUGUAAUCUAUAUACUCUAUAAAUUUGGUUGCUUUUUAA